GAUCAGUUCCUGACUGACUCUCGUGUGACGUAGAAACAGUGCGUGCUCGAACAGCGAAUAAAACCACAAGAAUUGCGUUUGUUCCAGGAAAGUUUCUUAAUCCGACCCUGUUGAAAAUUUCAUUAUGCGAAAAGGGAAGUAUCGUGGUUAGAGGUCGAAGCUGUUCGUGAGCUGUAUGUGUUUUUGUGUAAAACCACAUUUCUUAUUUGCAUACAGAGACAAAAGUAGGAAAUGGAGUAAAUUACACUUCUCUUUGUUGACGACACGGAGAAGGCAACGGACUGACAUAUAAGGCAUUUAAACUUAUUUUUAAGUAGCCUAUCAAUUUGGCUGUAUUUUUGGAUUAAUUUUGUUUUUAAAGGACGGACACGAUGUAUUUCACAGCCUUUCGGUGUCUGAUCGUUCUCAUGGUGCUCUGCCACGCACUUUGUCACGAACCAGCAGAGGACAACUUGAUCUGUUUCAAUGACUAUGAAACAGAAAUAAAAUGCAGUCUUUCUUACAGUCUCAUAAAAUGCCCUGAAUACAAGCUCAACACCACCCAAACUGUAUUAGAUGAGUUCAAUGAAUAUUCAUGCAUUUUUGAGAGAAGUCAUCACAAUAACAGUGUUUGUGAAUGCAACUUUAAAGUGCCAGAUGAGUUUGUACCAGAAGAGACCUUCUAUAUUACACUACUGGAAGGAGAGAAUGUUUUAUUCAAAAAAACAUUUCAUACUCUGGAGUUCAUCAAACCAAAAACUCCAGCUAUCUUAUCUGUGGAGAAGACUCCAAAUGGAAAUUUUAAAGUAACUUGGGACAACAAGUAUAAAAAUAAAGAGAACAGUUUUGCACACAGUUUGCAGAUAGAGCUGACCUAUGGUAUCAAAGGAGAAAAAGAUACAAUGCCCAAUAAGGUGAUGAACCGUGUGGGAUUCUAUGAGAUCGUAGGUAGAAAUCUCCAGCCAAAUGCCAACUACAUUCUGACAGCGAGAGCGAGCACAGAGUAUAACAACCAUCAGAUAUUUAGUGACCAAAGCACACCAUAUGAGUUUACUACUUCCUCAUCCCUCAAUGAAAUGUUUAAAAUGGUAAUCCCAGGUGUAUGUGUUGGUUUGAUCAUUAUUAUAUUCAUUAUCUUCAUCUGCUUUUUCAGAAUCAAGAGGGUGUGGUGGGACAAGAUCAUCAAGCCACAAAUAGAUCCCGACCUUGGAAAACAAAAGGGUCACAUGUUGUCUCCUUCCAAUAUGAAGUUCUCCCCUAUCGUUGUUGAGAUUCCAAAACUGGACGUCCAGGAUGACAAGAAAUGUAUGGCAUUGCUCUCGGAAAAUACAAAUAAUGAAAAAAGUUUCAAUAGUGUUGACUCGACAGUGGAUUAUGGUCAGGCGUGCUCUGUUAUCCAGGAUCAGAAUAUGAGCAUAAUUACACGCACCAUGCUUGCCCUACAAGCGGAACCAUUGUUACCCUUCAGCACUGUGAUGCCAGGCAAGAAGCUAGAUGUCAGUUGUCAAAGAGAAAGCAACCGUGCAAACAGAGAUUCUGGGAAUGGCUCGGGGUCAUCGUUUUUCAGCAACAACUCAUAUUUGGAAUCAUCAGCCCUGGAUAAUUCUUUAUUCCUAGACCUGACAUCUGAUCCUUCCUAUCACUCUUACAAGAGGGAAGUUUCAAAUCCAGUCAAGACCCAACUUAAUUCUCCUGCUGUUGUUACAGUGGAAGAUGGAUAUCAGGACAUAGGAAAUACAAAUCUUACAAAUAUUAGCUCUGAUGUUGAUAAGAAGUUCAUCAUAGAAAAUCUAAUGACCUCUAAAAAUCCACUGGAUCCUUCUUCUACUCCCCAUGAUGGUGGCAUCACCCCAAGUGAUAAUGAAUACCAGGAUUUCCAAAGCUUAUCAAAAAACACAGGAGGACAGUGGAGCUCAACCACACAAGCUGAGACAGCACUUGGGGAGUGUGGAGCGCUGAAAAUCCCUUAUUCCGUUUUGGAGACUGACCAUACACCCACAUCAAUACAAGAAAGUUCUUGGAUCUCUUCUUUGCAUAUCUCACCCUGCAUUCAAAUAGACAGUUCCUAUCAUUCUGUUUAACUACACAGUCAAAACAAAUAGGAGGUAAAUGCUUGUUCAUGCUUGUUGCACCAUUUUUCUGUGUAAUCACUACAGUUGUUAAUCUUACAAUGAAUUUUAAUGAAUCAGUCAUUUGAAAGUACCACCUGUGAUAACUAAUUGUGAGAACUAAAGUAAGGUUUCUAAAAAACUGUUUUCACUGUGAUGCACUAGAAUAAUUUUUUUAAGAACUUUUUUAUAGUCUUAAGAACCUUUUUCCACAACAAAGAACAUUUUGUAAAAUGGAAUGGUUUCAUAGAUGGUAUGGAUCUUUAUGAAACCAUACAUGCUAAUAAAUAACUUAUAUAUAUAUAUAUAUAUAUAGUUAUUAUUAUUAUUUUUUAAUCCUUAACCUUGCACCUUGAACACUGGCUUAAAUGCUUUAAUGAUGAAGCCAUGUGCAACAUUUUAAAGUCACAUUUGGUAAGACAUAUUUAAAAGGCAUUAUGAUAAUGUCAAAUGGUAUCCACCUCAGUAUUAGAAAAAAAUUGUUUACAACAUUGAACAGAUACAGUCUGUAUAUACAGUGGCUUUAGGUUUGGAUGACUUUUUUUUUUUUUUGUGGUCGAGGAUUGUGAUAUUGUCACUAGUUCUGUAACAGCAAACUGCUUAAUAUUCAUAAGUAGACUCAAACCUCUUACAACAAUACUAUAAAAAAGAAAAAGGUCUUGUGUAUAUAGCCAGUACUUUUCUAACUAUUCACAUUGCAUGCUUGCUAUCUUUUGACCAUGGCAUUCUAACAUAAGAAAACUAAAGCACUUUUUCCAAGUGAAAAUGAGUGAUCUUAAUGUAAUUGAUGUACAUGUGUUUUUAUUAAUUUUUUUGGGCAAUUCUUUUCAAGUUAAACUUAAGAAUAGAAAAACAGCGUCUGAGUAGUUGAGUUUCUUUAAAAAGAAAACCAACUGGUUUUGUCAGUGCUGUCUGACAAUCUGUUCUACAUGCUACACUGCAAGAACCAGGAAGCUGUACAAUUAUUUGUCCCAUUUCCAUGGAUGACACACAAGUCAUGUGCAGCAGCAUGUCAUGACAUUUAUACUUUCUUAAUGAAAAUGUUGCUCAAGGAAGUGAAUCUAAACAGAGCUUACCAAUGUUCUCCGUUUGGUCACAAUGUAAAAGGUUAUUGGAAAAUGAUAUACAGUAUGCAUGAUGCAGAUUAUAUAUAUAUAUAUAUAUAUAUAUAUAUAUAAAAAUGUAAAUA